AUGGGUCUAUCUGUGUCUCGCUUAUUCUUGAAGCUUGGCAAUACUGAACAGACGGUCCCGACUGUUGGAUUCAAUGUCGAGACUAUCAAAUACAAGAACCUCGUGAUGAACACUUGGGACGUUGGUGGACAGGAUAGAAUAAGAGCCCUUUGGAGACAUUACUUUUCCGGCACCGACGCUUUAAUUUUCGUUGUUGACUCGGCAGAUGAAGCUAGACUUCCUGAAGCCAAAAAGGAGCUAUACAAGGUAAUCAACGACAGGGAGUUGACUGGAUGUCUGCUCUGUGUGCUCGCUAAUAAACAGGAUUUGCCCCAUAGUAUGAAACAAGCUGAACUGGCCAAGUUUUUGGAAUUGGAGUCCAUUCAAAACCAUAAUUGGUGUAUCAUUCCAACCGUGGCCACAGACGGUACAGGAUUAAACCAGGCUGACUUCGUGGAAAUAGUUCCAUCGCUAUUUCCGAUACUCAGGCGAAAUUUCACCAAAAUCGCAAUCAAUGAUGAAGUUUCCAUUAUCAGUGACAACUGGACCGGCCUUGCCUGGGAGUCCGGAACGAACGUUUGGCUUACCACCCAAUUUAGAGAGUUCAAGGCUCACUUUCGUGUAGGCCAUUGGAACGACCUCGAUAGGAAUACCUUUUCUCCAGCCCUUACCCAAAAUACCAGUGUCCUUUCUGUAGUCUGCGACCACGAUGAACUGUUUGGCAGAGGCAGCCACCAGCUUCUCUUGGAACAAGCAAGCACCUCCACCCUUAAUUAA